ACGCAGGAGUUGAAGGCGAUGCUGAGGACAGGCAUACCCCAGGAAUACCGGUGCAAAAUAUGGCGCUGUAUUAUCUAUAUGCGCGUCAAACACAAGAUGUCUGAGUGCGGCGCCAACUAUUACUCGACGCUAUUCAAGCAAAACCAGAGCCCAGGGUCUAAAGGGUUGGACCCGUCGGCCAAACAAAUUGAAUUAGACUUAUUGAGAACUUUGCCGCAAAACAAACACUUCGAGAGUCUCGAGUCGGACGGUACGGCCCGUUUGCGACGGGUGUUGACCGCCUUCAGUCGCCACAAUCAGGCCGUCGGCUACUGUCAGGGUCUGAACCGUUUGGCUGCCGUCGCCCUACUCUUUAUGCCCGAAGAGGACGCCUUCUGGUGUUUGGUGGCCAUCGUUGAGACAAUUAUGCCCAACGACUACUUCGGUCGCAACCUAUUGGGCGCACACGUGGAUCAGUACGUAUUGAGACACCUAUUGUCUGAAAAGCUGCCCAAACUGUACCAACACUUGGAACAGCAGGGCAUCGAACUGUCGCUAUUCAGUUGGUUCCUGACGGCCUUCGUGGACAACAUACCGGUCGACGUGUACCUCAGGAUUUGGGACGUAUUCCUAUACGAGGGCAACAAAGUGUUGUUCCGUUUCGCCCUAUCGUUCCUCAAAAUGCAUGAGGAGGUGAUCGUCAAAAUGAGGGACUCGGUGGCCAUCAACCAAUUGCUGCGGACGUUAGGGGAGCGGCACAUCGAUGUGCGACAGUUGUGUUACAUAGCGUUCUGUGAGUUGAAUCCAUUCCCGUAUCGCACCGUUAAGCUGAAGCGUCAGCACUAUUCACAACUAGUCAGCAAUGAGUUGCAAAAGUUGGACGAAAUCCGCAAUAGUUUACCAAAACAUGACCGAAGCUUUGAGUGCGAAUCCGAUUGAGUUGUUAACAGUAUUUAUAAUAUGAUAUUAAUUACCGGUUUAUAAGCGAUUUUGUGAUUAAUUUGGUUUUUGUGAUUUUAUUUUUAUUUAUACGGUAUA